AUGGAGCGCUGCCCUGGAUCACCAAGAGCAGGGUGUGGAAGAGGCAAUGACUCUGGGCGGCUCUGGGCAGAGGGGGCAGCCUACCGGCAUAUCUCAGACAUGCUCCCCGAGGCGGGUUCCCUGUGGCUGCUGCGGCUGCUCCGAGACCUCCAGCUGGCCCAGUUUUACCGGCCCAUCCUGGAGGAGCUUAACGUGACUCGGCCGGAGCACUUCGACUUUGUAAGAGCUGAAGAUCUGGAUGGCAUUGGCAUGGGCCGGCCUGCCCAACGUAGACUGGCUGAAGCUCUGAAGAGGCACCGUUCGGGGCUCAAGUCUAAGAACUGGGUCUACAAGAUCCUUGGGGGCUUUGCCUCUGGGCAGAAGGAGACCACCCCACCCUCAGAUAGCCUUCCAUCCCUCCCUGAGCCAGAUGGGAGACUCAAGUGUCUGAUCCCCGACCAGGCUGUGUGCCGAGGGGAGCUUCUGGGCUCCGGCUGCUUUGGCAUGGUGCACCGAGGGCUGUGGACACUACCCAGCGGCCAGACUGUCCCAGUGGCUGUCAAGUCCCUCCGGGUGGGUCCCGAAGGUCCCGAGGGCACUGAGCUAGAGGACUUCCUGAGAGAAGUGUCUGUCAUGAUGAACUUGGAGCAUCCACACGUGCUGCGUCUGCACGGCCUUGUACUAGGCCAGCCUCUGCAGAUGGUGAUGGAGCUGGCGCCCCUGGGCUCCCUGCACGCGCGUCUGACAGCCCCAGCCCCCACGCCCCCGCUGGCCCUGGCCUUGCUCUGCCUCUUCCUGCGGCAGGUGGCGGGGGCCAUGGUGUACCUGGGGGCCCGUGGGCUGGUCCACCGAGACCUGGCCACGCGCAACCUGCUACUGGCUUCACCGCGCACCAUCAAGGUGGCUGACUUCGGGCUGGUGCGACCGCUGGGCGGCGCCCGGGGCCGCUACAUCAUGGGUGGGCCCCGCCGCAUCCCCUUUGCAUGGUGUGCGCCCGAAAGCCUGCGCCACGGGGCCUUCUCAUCUGCCUCGGACGUGUGGAUGUAUGGGGUGACGCUGUGGGAGAUGUUCGCUGGGGGCGAGGAGCCCUGGGCCGGGGUCCCGCCAUACCUCAUCCUGCAACGGCUGGAGAAGGACCGAGCCCGCCUGCCCAGGCCUCCUCUCUGCUCCAGGGCCCUCUACACCCUGGCCUUGCGCUGCUGGGCCUACCACCCUGCUGACCGGCCCACCUUUUCCGACCUAGAGGGGCUGCUCCAAGAGGCCUGGCCUCCUGAGGGACGUUGUGUGAGGGAGGUCAUGGAGCCUGGUGCCCUGAGGAUGGAACCUGGUGACCCCAUCACUAUCAUCGAGGGCAGCCCUGACUCCACAACUUGGAAGGGCCAGAACGGUCGCACAUUCAAAGUGGGCAGCUUCGCAGCCUCGGCGGUGACACUGGUAGACCUACCAGCCACCCGCCCCGUCCUCAGAGGCACCCCUGCCCGGGGAGAGCGACACCAGAGAAACGCAGAUGGGGACAGAGGGAAGGCAAAGCUUCAGGAUGCCCCUCAGGCUCGGGGCCAGAGAAGGAAUGUGGCUCUGCAGAGGACUAAAGGCAUUUCCAAGAGUCUGGAGUCGGUUCUUUCCCUGGGUCCCCGUCCCACAGGAGGCGGGUCGAGUCCCCCUGAACUUCGACAUGCCAGAACUGGGCCCCAGGGACCCCCAGGCCGGUCACCCCGUCUUCCCAUGGCUGCCAGCUCUUCCCAGCCUCCCAGGGAGCGGCCUCCCUGGCCCAAAAGAGAAUCUCCCCACAGUCACCCCGUAGGAGCACCUGGAGCCAGCAAAGCCACCAUCCCCUCCGGAGGACCCUUGUCUGACCCCGAGCUGCAGAGGAGGGUUAUGGAGGUAGAGCUGAGCGUGCACGGAGUCACCCACCAGGAGUGCCAGGCUGCUCUAAGAGCCACUGGGGGAGAUGUGGUUUCUGCCAUACGGAACCUCAAGGUAGAGCAGCUCUUCUACCUCAGCAGCUGGUCCAGAGCAGACUGCCGGCGCAUCCUGGAGCGUUACCAGUGGGACCUCUCGGCUGCCAGCCGCUAUGUCUUGGCCCGGCCCUGAGCUCCGUUCCUUUGGGCACAGACACCAGACAGACCAAGGGCUAGCCACAUGAGACAAGGCAGAAGCAGAACAAGGUCCCAACAGGCCUGUGGUAGGUA